CCAAUAUUUCUCAGCUGGAGUAAAAAUAUCAGAAAUAUCCAAGUCUACGGAAGGUAUUCUGAAAAAAUCAACGCAUAAUACAGUUCCCAAACGAUGAAGUUAGACACGUUUAAGCCAUUACUUAGUGGCCAUUAUAUUCUAAAUCCACUGGCGUGUUUAUUGUACGUGGUACUCAAGAUAUUUCCACCAUUUUGCGAAUGGCUUUUCCCCGAUGAAGAAUGUCAGAUCUCGUGGGUGAGUGAAAUAUAACCUUGAGCCUGUAUUACUACAAUGGCUCAUUGAACUCCUGAAGGUUCUAUCACGAAAAACUUCUUCUUUAAAGAAUGAAGGAGAAGAAGAUUUAACGCUUCAUUUAAAACAGCGUACAUAAGAUAAGUGACUUAGAUACUUUGGACACUUUUCUUUCGUAUUAAACAGCACCAACUGUCCAUCACCAAGGAAUUGAAAAUCUUUCAAGCGAUUGAACAUAAAAUGCAGUGGUCAAAACUUUCAUUGCGUUAAAUAUCAAGGUUUUUUAAGGUUAAAUCUUUGCACAGGGACUUCAUUCGCACUGAAUCGUACAAGACUUCCGAGGCCAUGGGUGGGGAAGGUUAAAUCAAGAUGACCUCAUUUUACUGCAGAAACUCAGACAAAUUAGAGUAUUCUGGGAUCUAAACUUAUGCAAAGUAUCCUAAGAUAUGUCCAAAGUUAAUCUGCUGUAGAGCCAUUUCCCUAGUUUUGAUUAUUCACAAUCACUAUACUUCACUUCUGUGAGCCCUGUGGGGGAGUGGGGUCAAAGGUAUGUCCCUAGGUCAGGUGGUGGGAGGUUAGUGCUGUUAUCACUGAGCUCUUCCUGCUCCCCCCAAAAGUGCUCACUGUCCAGCCUCCCCUGGUGUUACUUGUUUGAUUUGUGUAUUUGUUGAACAAUCCUGUGGUCUGAACUGCCUGGGGAUGCUGGCAAUAACAUCUUACAUCACUCACAAAAGUUUAUACUAUAGGACUUGAAUAAAUAAAUGAAUAAAUAAAUAAAUAAAUAAUGAUUUAGAGGUAGCACAUCUACUAAGUGGUUCUUUGUCUACCUGAUCCCUGGUUGAAUUGGAAUUUGUCCAUGUUGGUUUUUGACGAGAGGGGAAAACCAGACUACCCGUAGAGAAAAACCUCUCAGAGCAAAGGAGAGAACCAACGAGAAGUUUACUCAACCCAUGGUGUCCACACCGGGAUUUGAACAUGGGCCACAAUUUGGUGGGGGAGAUUUACUCUUAUCACUGAUUACCCUUGUUCCUCUGGGACUUGGUCAUAAAGCCACCAAAGGCAGUGUUGAAUUUAAUAUGUCUGUGUUUUGAAUCACACUAAUGAUCUGUUCCAACUUUAUAUUACAGAGGGAUGUUGAGCUGUUAUCCUUUCUAGCAAUUGUCCUGGCGGUCAAGAACCGGAAGUGGAAACCAGGUAGUUAUAAAUUAUGGUUUCUUGAAAUAAUUGUACACUGUAGAAUAAAGAUCGAUUACCAUAACAUCACUAUCAAUUGGUAGCAAAACACUGUCUAAAACUUUUUUCUUGGUUUUUCUUGCCCAAGUAUGUAACCAAAUUGAAUUUAAUUUGAAUAUCUACAUUGUAACAAGCAAAGUUUUGAGCAAAAUUUCUUUCACGGGGCCUGAACUAGGCUUCAUUUUUGUAGGGGAGCAGUUUUGCAGAAAUCAAAAGGACUGUGAAGUUAUUUUGAAUGAGGUUAAUUUGGUGGCUAGUGAAGUAAGAUUUUCAAGGGAAAUUUUUGGCUAAAGUUACAUUAGUUUUUAUAUUUUUUUCCUGGCCUGUUUGACUGAGUCACACUCAUUCGGGUGUGGUUUUAAAGAUCUUUUCCCUUACACAAGUUACACAUCAACAUUGUCCAUGAUUUUUAAAAAAUGAUGAUGCUGAAAUUGGUACAAGGGACAUUAAUUCACAUGGGGAUGGGCAGUUUCUUAGGUGGCAGUUGGAAUUCAAAUAGAUGUCCACGCAUUGCCAAUAAACCACUUAGUAUUUUUUGUUUUUUGUUUCCAGCCACAUGGCAAGAGGCAGCUUCUAUGGUGUUCAUGUUUAGUAAAAUUGCCAAUUUUGUACUUUUUGCAAGAUCAGACCUCAGGCUCGGUCUUUUAUACCUUAUCCUUUGUUUAGGUGAGUAUCUACAUCAAUGAGCUUCAGUUACUGGGGACUGGAGGGGUAAAACAAAAUCUUCUACUUGCCUAAACUAAAUUUUAUUAAACCCACAAAAAUGCUAAGCCAAAUGUCAAGAAAGAAAGCAAUUAGGGGAAUACCAAGAAUGAAAAUGACCACUGUACAUGUGCAAUAUAACCAUAGCUUUUCAUACCGUAACAUCUUUUUACUUGAAUCUCCUCUCUUCUGGAAUACUAGCCUGAGACACAGACAGUCUAAAUCCCACAGACAGACGGACUAUAUUGAGUUCGCUAUCUGGGUAUUGAGUGACAAGUCCAGCUACAAUACAGUCUACUUUCUUGGUAAAUCUACCAAAAAAAAUACUAGUCAAAAUUUCCUAACCCCCAAAAAAUCCCAGAAUUAUUGAUUUCAAACCCCCAAAAAUCUUAAAUUUGGAUUAGCCCUUGAUGCAGGGAGAGGAUUUGUGACGGGCUGCCCUUAUAAGAAGUUUAAUGUAUUUUUUUGUUGUAUUUUCAGUUCUUUUUUUGUUAUUUCCUGAGCCAUCUUACAGUGGUCCAGAUGAGGUACACUUCUUUAGAGGCCCUGCUCUUGAUGUAAGCAAGCAU